UGAAGAGUACAGUCAGCACGGAACUAGCACUCGCUAGAAAGCAGCGGAGGAGAUCUCGAUUUAACAGCAUCAUGUCCACAACACCGGAGAGCGAGUCCUAUUCGCACCGAGUCAGCCCGUUGGCGUAUGGGCAGCGCUUCGACACUGAUCUUCGGAAGACAGCGGCGCCCAACAUCUUCGCGGCUGUGAACCAGGCGGCUCUCCAACGCCUUUUCGAGCGAUCAGGAGACAAGAAAGCAGUGGAGAGAGCACGGAUCAUCUCCACAAACCAGGAUAGCGAGGAGAUUACCCGAGCUCUGGUCGCACUCAAACUCAGGAAGAGAAUGAAAUUCAUGCAGCUGUUUCGUAUUGGCAGGAAAUCCGUGAAGAUUCUCUUAAGUUUCAGAUAGAGAGAAAUGAACCAGAAAGUCGGAGACUUGAUAUAUUUCAUUGAAGGAAAGGCUUGCAGGACGAUCUUCGUAGCCAAUGAUGAUCUGAAGAAAGUGUACCACGUUGUAAUAACGCACGGUUACACCAAAGUAACUUCUGAAAAGUUCUGACCCUUUCAUUUGGUUUCGUGAAGAGUGAUACGCAUUUGUUCUAAAAUGCGCAAACGUUGCGAGUUGCAUCUUACAGGUGCGUGAAUUGCGAGACUUUUUCUGCUCUCUGCAGCCCGGGGCGGUCAAAGGCUCUUUCACAGGUCCCAACCAUUUUGAUGGUCACAUUAAAAUUACGGGGACAAAGACAGCACCCUCCGAGGAAGACGCAGCGAGAUGGAAGGGGCUGAAGGCUGACCUGAUAACUUUUACAAAGGACUUUGGAGACACUCAGGCGGAACACUAUUUAUUGAUAGAACUUUGCCACGGUCGCUCCAUUUUUGUGAACAGUGCUUAUGAUUUUACAAUAUAAUAAAUGUUGAAAACUA